CCUCAAUCGUCGCGUAGAUCUUCACAUAACGAUCUCAAGAAAUAUCACGAAGAAGAAGAUCAUUGGUCCAUCGCCUCCUCCACCAUUGCAUCCGUUCAACAACUCAAAUCUAAAGUAACUAUCGGAACGGCUCCCACGUUUAGAUCGGCUAAACGUGCUGAUAAAAGGAAGGAGUACUAUAAUAAGUUGGAGGAGAAACAAAAAGCCAUGGAGGCAGAGAGAAUCCAAUACGAAGCCCGAAUUAAGGAAGAGCAAGAAGCAGCAAUCAAGCAGCUUAGGAAGGGAUUAGUGAUCAAAGCAAAACCAGUGCCCAACUUCUAUUAUGAAGGACCACCACCUAAGGUUGAACUCAAAAAGCAACCAUUAACUCGACCAAAGUCUCCAAAUCUAACUCGAAGGAAAAGCUGCAGUGACGUGACCAACUUAAACCUAGAGGAGAAAGGAAAAGUAUGCACACGAGCACAUCGCCAUGGCUUCGGUAUUCACAGAUCGGAAUCAGCUAACAGCAUAGCCCGCAAAAGUAAAACGCAAGCCAAUGGGCAAUGCCAGCACAGUGAAUCUUUUAAACAUAGAAAUCAUGCGAAGCACGACAAUGAGACAAGUAAAAUGAGCUCUGCAACGACCGAUCCACACGAAACUAAUGUAGAUAUCCCGAUUCAGUCGUGAACGUCUACAUUUUCCCUAAUGUGAGCUAAGGGAAAGAAAAAAUGAUGGGUUGAGGAGCAAAGAAAAUAGCUUGUUUUCUUACAUCUAAUCACUUGACUGAGUGAGUGAGCUGAGCUGAGCUGAGCUGAAAUGUAUAUGUUUUUUUCCCAUUUUUUCUGAAAGUUUAAUGAUUUUACGACAUAUGAGAGAGAUCAUUGUGUAUUACAUGAUACAGUGAAGUUAGAGAAUGAUUUUCUAUGGCUUUUUUGGGUUUGUUUUCUACUUUUCAUUGGAAUUGAUCUGUAUUUUGAUGUUCUUGAGAUGAUCAUUGACAAAGUUUCAAAUUA